AAAAAUUAGACUAAUAUUAUUCAAGUAAUAUUCUCAAUCAUUACAAUCAUUUUGAAGUCAUUAUGAUUUAUAUGCUGUUGUCAUAAUUAUACUGGGUUUUUCCUGAAACAUAAUGGUGAUUUUGUUUUGAUAGACUAUAAUUAGUCUUUUAUAAAUUAAAAUUUUUCUUACAAAUUUUCGGUAUGGGGUUGUGGAUAUUGUUGAAUGUCACUGAAAUCAUAAACCGUUCCUAGUUAGACCACCAACAAUCAAAUUCAAUAACCUUCACAACCCCAUACAGAAAAUCAUAAUGUGCUUACUAGUGACUAGCUGUCAGAAGAAAUUUCCGGAGUUCUAGUGAAAAGCCGUGACCGAUGAAACUAAUCCGUGUCGGGUGUGAGGUAGUUACCUACCUUAUACAGUGGAAGAUAUUCGUGCGAUGCCAGUGACCGGUUGAAAUUAGACUUUUACACCACUGAAUACCGGCUCAGUGGUCUAUGUGUUAAGCGUUCGCGUGCAAAAUCGAAGGUGUUGGGUUCGAUUUACGCGUGUGGGAUCGUGAAUGCUCACCCCUAAGGAGUCACAUGCUAGGAUGAUAUGGCCAUCCGGUGCUUCUAGGCUUUCAUUGGUGGUCUAACUCAGAUCGCUUUAUGAUUUCAAUUGUUUUUCUUACGUAUUUGAAACCGGGAUGUACAUCUUGUCUUACUUGGAACUCGUUAGGUGAAUGUACCAGCAUUCAGAUUUUACUGUUUCUUCUGAGAUUUAGAUACAGUAUUAUUUAGAUAUGAAGGGGAAUAACCUUUAAAUCAGUGUCCUAUUUGUUGAAAGUCUAGUACUUUGAACGCUGAAAAUUUUCAAGUGAAUAGGUUAUGAUGAGGUAUUUAACUCAGUGUAAUUUACGUUCAGCACUGCUUCCAUAUGGUUGUUAGAGUUAUUAAAAGGUUUUCAAUAUGAUUUUUUAUAUGCUCGGGACUAAAUUUUCACUUAAUACUUCAGGUAUUUAAACCAUCGUAUUGACCUCUAUAUGUUAUCCAUAGGUUACUCAAACCUCAAGACUCUGUCGCUUUCACAAUGACUUCAUUUUAAUGAAAGCAGCUUUAUUUCAUGUGGAAUAAUAUGACUUCAGUAUUCAGAAUCUCAAAACUGCUUACUAUCCUAUGGUUUGCAAUGCUUUCUGCCAUGCUGGAAUACGUCCUUAUCAACAUCACUCUGAGAAUUUUCUAAGUGUUUGAAGCCUUCAUUCGCGCAAUCAUGUUGAUUAUGAUAUCGCACUUACCUCGAUGCCCAAUUCUAGAACUCUGUGGAUAGUAAUCUAUCUAUCAUUCAUAACUGUCUAAGCACUUGACAGAAGUAGUAAUAAAUGCAGUUUGUUACAAUAAGAGAAAUGUGAAGACUUCGUCCCCCGCUUGCAAUAUGAUGGUUGUGCCCAUAUCUAAAUCAGAUUUGUAUUUGGCAGGACGUCUUGUGAACGGUGAGACAUAUUCUAAGUCUGUAUUUUCAUCAGAUUCUACGGACAAUCUCCAUUGCGACUCACCAGCUUCGGAUCUUUACGUUUCCUCCAAUAAUAUGAAACAUUGUCCAAACUCAAUGUUGUGUAUGUACAGAUCUCCCAGUAAAUGCUCAAAAAACUCACAAUCUUUCAUGCAUUCUUUUCAAAAGGAUGGUAAAUUCCCAAAACCUGAAAAUUCUACCGCUGAAACGUGCGCGACUCUUAUUGAUCGUAAUAAAGUGGCUGAAUGUGAAACUGAUGGUAUUUGUUCUUCGGAUUCGGUUGAAAUUAUUACAUUCAAUCCUUCACCAAUCUUGUCAACUUCAAAAAUUACUCAUUUAUCAUCGUCAUCACCAAGUCCAACCAACGAUACUAAAGCAGCUGAGACCAUACCUACUGUUAGUCAGACAUUGAAAUACUCACAUUUAUCUAACCGUGCUUAUCCUUUUGGCAAAGAUUGUCGUUUUGUUUUUUACAAUUCUGAUAGUGAUGAAGAAGAUGCUUACAAUUUAUCUGCACCUUGCCAAACUAUCACUUUACUUAUCAAGGCUCGUCAAGCGCAUAAAGAUAUGUGGACAAAGCGAGCUGAUCGCAUCAAUCGCUUUUUAGCCUGUAGACCUUGUCGUGAAGACCUGAUAUCUAAAAAUAUAAUUCCCAGUACCACUUUAGAAGCACGUACUGAACUGCGGAUUGAUAUUGAAGCGUCACUUGAGCGUCGACUUAAUCAGCGUCCUACAACUGAUGAAUUGAAACAGAAAAACAUCCUUCAUGUGGACACCGAAGAGGUGCGUAAUAAGAUUAAAGAAGAACGAAAGCAAAUUUUAACUCGCAAGCUAUCAUUUCGACCAACUGUUGAAGAGCUGCGUCGACGUAAAAUUAUUCGUUUUAAUGAUUAUGUUGAAGUUAGUGAAGCAGAUGCCUAUGAUCGUCGAGCUGAUAAACCAUGGACUCGUCUAACUCUACGUGAUAAAGCUGAUAUUAGAAAAGAAUUAAACGAAUUCAAAGCAACUGAAAUGGAUGUUCAUGCUGAUAGUCGACAUCACACUCGAUAUCACAAACCAUAGAUGCCUGUCUUCCGCAUCGUGCAAAAUAAUUCAGCGACUGCCGUUCACUUCGUUAUAGAAACUGUACGUUUGUAGUUAUUUUUGAAGCUAAAUCUAGUUUAUUUCUAAAAAUAACCUGACACAUUCGGAGACCGAACAAUUGUACAUAGUGUAAUGACCUGUCAAAAAUGAAAUUUUAUAUUGACUUUCCAAAUUUUAUGGCUCACUUUAUUAUUGAUUAUUGUAUAGUUUAACUCUUUCAUUUCACUGUGAUUAUAAUAAUAGGUUACAAAUACAAAAACUAACUUGACCAAUUUUGGGUCUUUUACAUGAAACCUUGUGUACCAUUUGACAAAGAUAGCUAAGGGAAGUCAGACUAUCUAUCAAGAAGGAUGGAUAAUUAGCAACAUCCUUGUGGCCAGAUGAUAAGAAUCUCGACUCAGACGGUUAAACUUUUAGAAACCAAUUUGUCUAAACUUGGCGUAUGAAAGAAUUAGUACCACUCAUCAAAUCAACCAAGUGGAAUACAGAAAACAUUUUCGGAACAGCUUCCCUGUUGAAUUUAAGUGAUAAUGAAGUUUAUUUUCAUUGCAAAGUUAGCUAGCAGUUGACAAAAAAAGAAUGCAUAUUUAUGCGCUAAAAUCGUGGAUCUUGCACUUUUCAAAUAGUUAUA